AUGGCGCCGACAUUUUUGCCAUCCAAUGCUGCAGGCGGAUCUGCGAGUACUUUUGCGUACGAUGUUGGAGGUACGCCUUUAUUGCAGCCUAUCUCGAAGGCGGGCAACAACCCGUCGCGUGUAUGCUACUUUUUCGAUUCCGACAUUGGAAACUUCCACUAUGGCGCUGGCCAUCCAAUGAAGCCUAUGCGUAUUCGCAUGUGCCACUCGCUCGUUAUGAACUAUGGACUGUAUAAGAAGAUGGAGAUUUUUCGUGCCAAACCAGCGACAAAGAGGGAGAUGUCGCAGUUCCACACGGAUGACUACGUGGACUUUUUGAACCGUGUGACGCCGGAAAAUGUGGACUCAUACGUCCGUGAGCAGUCGAAGUACAAUGUGGGGGAUGAUUGUCCUGUGUUUGAUGGCUUGUUUGAGUACUGUUCCAUUUCCGCGGGUGGCUCGAUGGAAGGCGCUGCGCGUCUUUCGCGGGACAAGUGUGAUAUUGCGAUCAACUGGGCUGGUGGUCUACACCAUGCCAAGAAAGGCGAGGCAAGUGGAUUUUGCUACAUCAAUGAUAUCGUGCUUGGUAUUCUGGAGCUGCUUCGGUACCACCCGCGUGUUCUGUAUAUUGAUAUUGACGUGCACCAUGGUGAUGGUGUGGAAGAGGCAUUUUACACGACGGACCGUGUCAUGACCUGCUCGUUCCACAAGUACGGUGAGUUUUUCCCCGGUACAGGUGAGCUGCGUGACAUUGGCUAUGGCUCUGGCAAGCACUAUGCAUGCAAUGUGCCAUUGCGAGACGGCAUUACCGAUGAGACGUACCAGAGUGUAUUCAAGCCUGUGAUCCAGCGUAUUAUGGAGCAGUACCAGCCCACGGCUGUGGUCCUCCAGUGUGGGUCGGACUCCUUGGCGGGCGAUAAGCUGGGUUGUUUCAACCUAAGUAUGCGUGGCCAUGCCAGCUGUGUGGAGUUUGUGAAGAGUUUUGGGUUGCCGCUUCUGCUGCUGGGCGGUGGUGGGUACACCAUGCGCAAUGUGAGCAGGGCAUGGGCGUACGAGACGGGUCUCGCGUCCGGGCAUGAAUUGAGUCCAAUUGUGCCUGUGAAUGAGUACUACGAGUACUUUGGGCCAGAGUACCGUUUGGAUGUGCUGCCGAGCAACAUGGAAAAUCUCAACACACGCACGUACUUGGACAAAGUCAAGGAGCAAGUGUUUGAGAACCUGCGCCAUGUAGCGCAUGCCCCCUCGGUCCAAGGUCAUGUCGAGCCGCGUCUAGCGCACGAUAUGGCGUUGGACGAUCAGGACGAUGAAGACGACGAUCCCGAUGUGCGAGCGAGUGAUCGUGUAUUGGAUCAGCGGGUGCAGCGCGAUACGGAGAUUGACGACUCGGACGACGAAGGGGAAGGUGAUCGUCGUGACCGGCACAAUUGGAAAGAGGAUGCGAUGGACAUGGAGGCAGGGGAGACCAAGCCGGUGGUAGCCGAGGCCCCACCAGCAGGGGACAACGUAGCGCCGCCGUCGCAACUGCCGCCCACUCUCAACACCUCCGCAUCGCCGGCGACCGAGGCACCCCAUACCCAACGAGAGGCAUCGUCUUCGUAA